CUUUUAGAGGCCUCGUGCGGGUGAAAAUGUGAGCUUAGCUUGCGAGUUUAGGAGAUUUAGGGAAUGUUAAAGCUCCAUUUGAGCGGGUUUUGUCGUUGGUAAACUGCAUUAGAGUCGCUGAAGUCAGUAUGAGCUCCGGCACGCCGUACAUCGGCAGUAAAAUCAGCCUCAUCUCGAAGGCGCAGAUUCGCUAUGAGGGAAUAUUGUACACUAUCGACACAGACAACUCCACUGUGGCCUUAGCGAAAGUGAGGUCCUUUGGAACCGAGGGGCGACCUACUGACCGGCCUGUGCCACCGAGGGAUGAAGUCUUUGACUACAUAAUCUUCAGAGGAAGUGACAUUAAAGACAUCACUGUCUGUGAGCCUCCAAAGCUGCACCAUGGUUUGCCUCAGGAUCCUGCGAUUGUUCAGUCUUCUGUGGGCAGCUCGUCCAUAUCGUAUGGUCCUCCCGGCGGGUAUAGUCCCUACAGAACUGUGAUGCCUUCUUAUAACCAGCUUGCUGCCAGCUCUCUGCUCAACCAGCAGUACGCGACUGCUCUAGGCCUGGGUACAGGUCUGCAUGGCCCUGUAAGAAGAGGUCCGAUGGUUGAGCAGGCCGUCCAGACGGUUCCUGUGGAGAAAGCGGCUCCGAAGAAAGGUCUGCCUGCAGCGCCGCAGCAACAGCAGGGACGAGACGGCGGCAGAGCGCAGAGAGCCGGCAGGGGGAGCCCUCAGACACAGCGUGGUGGUGGGACCAGCAAUGUCACAGCUGCUCAGCAGGAUGACUUACAAGGACAAAGUCAAGCUAAUGACAAGAACAGGCUGCCACAGAGGAGGAGACAGGGCAAUCGUAGGUCCAGGAACCGCAGCCGUGGUCAAAUCAUUGUGGGCACAGCAAAGCCUACCACCCUUCAGUUUGAGUCAGACUUUGACUUUGAAACAGCCAACGCCCAGUUCAACAAGGAUGACCUUGCGAAGGAGCUUCAGGACAACCUGAGUAUCAAAGAGUCUAAAGAGGAGAAGGUGGACUCUGGAGUGGAGACCCAGAGCAGUGAGGGAGCGGUGGAAGAGGUGUUUGGCCCAAAGUGUUUCUACAACAAGGCAAAGAGCUUCUUUGACAACAUCUCUUCAGAACUCCAGGCAAGACGUACGACCUGGGCAGAAGAGCGUAAGCUGAACGUGGAGACUUUUGGAGUGCCUGGACGGUUCUUGAGGGGCCGUGGUUUCCGUGGUGGUUUCCGAGGACGACGGGGCAGAGGGAUGAACCAGCGUUUGCCCGCUCCACAGGCAGUAGGAAGUGGCAGGCUGUGAGCAUUAGUGAGUACUGUUUUUAAGCACAAUUUAUAUAUUUAAAAAAAUAAGCUUUAAAGCCUUGAACCUUUUCAAGUGGAUUAAUCUUCAAGAUUGGGCAUAAAAUACACAUGUACAAAGCAGGUCCUGGGA